UUCGUAAACAGAGAUAAAAAAGACUCUACGUGCCCUGUACCUAUCUUACUUCCCUGCCCUGUGGAGUCGGAACUCGAGGUGAAGAUAGGCCAAAAAUGUAUCGAACAGCGGCGAAUCGCCUCCUUCACAGUGCCUCUCUUAUCAAAAAUAGUGGCGGAGGCCGCCUUCUCCGAUUCCCCAUUCUCAGAACCGUCAUUAGCUCUUCACGAUUUUCCACUACCGCAGACCCUCAAACGGUCCCUAAUCAAACCCUUAAUCCAUCUGAUUCUUCCACGUCAUCAUCAUCAACGGCUGGGGAUGGUCCACGCCUCGAGAGAAAGAAUCCGAGAGCUGAUUACGAGGAAGAGCAAGCUCGGGUGCUGCAAGCCUCACUACGACACGUCAUGAGGUUGGGAUGGAGUGAAGAAGCGAUGAUCGCAGGUGCAAAGGAAGUUGGGGUUUCUCCUUCAAUUGUUGGAUCCUUCCCUCGAAAAGAAGCAGCCCUUGUUGAGUUUUUCAUGGAUGACUGCUUACAAAAGCUUAUGGAUCGAAUUGACUCCGAAGAGGAAUCACAACAUUUGAUUCCUAGUCAACGUAUCUCCAAGCUUGCAAGGAUUCGCCUAGAAAUGCAAGCGCCCUACAUAUCAAAAUGGCCUCAAGCCCUCAGCAUCCAAGCACAUCCAUUGAAUGUUCCAACAAGUUUUAAGCAGAGGGCACUGCUGGUUGAUGAAAUCUGGCAUGCAGCGGGAGAUGAGGCCUUUGAUGUAGACUGGUAUGUGAAGCGCACUGUCCUUGGAGGGAUACACUCAACAGCAGAGAUUUACAUGCUGACUGACAGCUCCCCAGAGUUUCGUGAUACAUGGCUGUUCUUGGAUGAUCGGGUGAAAGAUGCUUUUGAUUUGAAGAAGACAAUACAGGAGGCAAAGUAUUUGGCUGAAGCUGUUGGUGCUGGAAUGGGGAGUUCUUUGCAAAGAUUUGUAGGCAGAGUGCUUCAGAGAUGAAAGCUAAUAACCUUGUGGUUCUUGAUAUUUCUAUGACUAGCAUCAGAGUCAACAUUACACUUGACGAGCUAUAAAAAUUAGGUGCUGUCAUAAGUUAUGUGUUAGUAUUAUGAUAGUCCCUCGACGGCUCUCAAUAUUUCCUUAGUCUUUAUCAGUGCACAAGCCAUUGUUCUCCAGAGUUUAGGUUUCAUAUUACGUUCCUGUCACAAAUGUUAAGCAUAUCCAUCUUCUUGGUAACGUGAUUAAAUUAUUAUUUUUUUUAUAGAUUCGGGCACAAUAAUCAUUUGUUAGCUGGAUACUGUGCUUCACAUGAGAAUAUUUUCGCUUAAUAAAAAUAUUUUUGUCUUCAACCAUAAGUAACUGAAGCCUGUCCUGUAAUGUGCUCGAAUUUUUAACUUACUAGGAUGCUUUGUCCUUUGAUUUCCCCAGGGCAAACCCAAUAUCAGAUUGGACUUGAUCCCUUAGCUUUACAAGUUUCUAUGCGGCUAAAAUAUCAGGCAGUGAUUAUAAAAGUAGAGGGAGUUUCUAUAAA